CUGAGCUGGAGGAGGAAAACUACCAUCUUCAUAGUGAAUUGCAAACAGAGGUAGAUCUUAACCGCCAGAAUGAAAGUCGAAUUAAUCAGCUGGAGAGAGAUUAUUCCCGGUGUGAACAGGAAAUCCAAAUUCUCAAUAGGGAAAUAGAGCAUCUUGAGAAUGCUUCGAAAGAAGAGAUAGUAGAGUUGAAGUCUGAAAUCUCCAGCCUAAAAAGUCGACUAUAUCAAGCUAAGAAGGAU